GGACAAAUUGACAACCGUUAUUCCUUGUUGAGAAGCAAGAACAAAUUUUUGCCUCUGCCAAACGAGCCCUAUUCUCAGAAUUUAUGAGUGGUUUUUUCUUUUGCAAAAUGAUAACUACUCCGUAUCUAUACUUCUUCUCUUGUCUUCGCCUGAUAAGAAGAUUAUAUUGACCAAAUGAGCAGAUUCUUGAAGCCAUUCACUGGUAAACGGGUGACAAACUUUACCAACCUUAAACCUGCAAGAGCUAAUCUCGAUCUCAAAAACUAUCUCAAAACUAAUCCCACCAAAGCGGUGUUGCUUUUCCGUGAGCUUCUGAGAAAAAAGGUUUCUUGCAUAGACAGCUACUCUCUUCUGUAUGUCAUCAAAUCUUGCACCCAGAAAUCUCUGUUUCUUGAAGGAAAACAAUUCCAUGCGUUUGUAGUCAAACUGGGUUUUGAGCCCAUAAUUUUUCUCCAAACAUCACUCACGGACAUGUACUCUGCUAGUGCCAAUCUUAGAGGUGCACGUAAGGUGUUCGAUGAAAUACCCAGUAAGAAUGUUGUAUGCUGGACUUCAUUAGUGACUGCUUUUGCUCAUAAUCAGAAACCCAACAGAGCUAUAGAGGCAUUCUGGCAAAUGCUGAGGUCAAAUGUCAGUGCCGAUCCCAUCAUUCUCACUGCCGUUCUAACUGCUUGUGCUGAUGCCGGGGCACUGGAUGUGGGAGAGCAGAUUCAUGCUGACAUUCUUAAAAAAUACAGGAAGGGUACAGAUUUGCCCUUGGAGACCGCACUCUUAAACAUGUACGCAAAGUGCGGGGACCUAAGUACAGCCAAGACACUGUUCCAUGGAAUGCGGAAAAAGGAUGUCGCGACAUGGACUUCCAUGAUUCUUGGACUUGCAUUCCAUGGCCAAGCAGAAGAAGCACUGAGGAUUUUCGCAUCAAUGGAAGAACAUAAUAAGAGCCACAGGGCCGAAGGCAUAACAGUCCCUCCCAACGAUGUUACAUUCAUAGGAGUUUUAAUGGCAUGUAGCCACACAGGAAGGGUGGCAGAAGGCAAGAGGUACUUCAGGACCAUGGUCAAAGACUAUUGCAUAAAGCCAAGAGUCUCCCACUAUGGGUGUAUGGUGGAUUUGCUUUGCAGAAACGGGAUGGUAAAAGAAGCUUAUUGUUUCAUUAUGGAAAUGCCCAUUCCUCCGAGUGCGGUAAUAUGGAGAACCCUGCUGGGAUCGUGCGGCAUUCAUGGAGAUGCCAAGCUGGCAGCCAUGGCUCAUGGUAAGCUGGUUGAGAUGGGAGAGGCACUUGCUGGGGAUCAUGUUAUGCUGUCUAAUAUAUGUGCUGCUAAAGGCAUGUGGGAGGAGAAAGCCAGACUUAGAAAUGAUAUGAGGCAAAGAAGGAUUCCCGGAAGGAGCUCAAUUAAGACGGGACUCCAUAUUCCUCUGUAAUCAAGGUGUGUUAGAGUGUAAAACUUUUCUUGACUGAGUCGGUUCGUUGACAUGGUUUCUAAGGGAUUCAAAGCUUUGUUGACUCAGAGGUUAUGAGUUCGAACCUCUGUGUCACAUCGAACACUUAAGCUAAAAAAAAGACAUACUCCGUAU